CGCGGGGCGGGAUGGAGGCGGUGGGGCCGGGCGGCAGCGGAGUGGCCGGGAGCUGCGACGUGGUGGUGGUCGGGGCCGGCAUCUCAGGUUUGUCAGCUGCCAAGUUGCUGUCUGAGUCUGGGCUAAGUGUGGUGGUUCUUGAAGCCCGGAACAGAGUUGGAGGAAGGACAUUCACUAUCAGGAAUAAGCAAGUUAAUUACGUAGAUGUUGGUGGAGCAUAUGUGGGACCUACCCAAAAUCGGAUUCUCCGUCUAGCAAAGGAGCUGGGUAUUGAGACCUAUAAAGUGAAUAUAGAUGGCUAUGCCAUCCAUUACAAGGGGGGAAAGUCACGCCACUUCGUGGGUAUUCGCCCUUCAACAUGGAAUCCCUUCGUUUAUCUGGAUUACAAUAACUUCUGGAGGACCAUGGACAAAUUUGGAAAAGAGAUUCCUCUUGAAGCACCAUGGGAUGCUCCACAUGCUGAAGAGUGGGACAAAAUGACCAUGAAAGAACUAAUAAAUAAGACUUGCUGGACCAAAGCCGGUAAAGAAUUUGCUACCCUCUUUGUGAAUGUCAACGUCACAUCUGAGCCGCAUGAAGUCUCUGCUCUCUGGUUCCUGUGGUAUGUGAGGCAGUGUGGGGGCACAGCCAGGAUAUUCUCUGUCACCAACGGGGGACAGGAGAGGAAGUUUAUUGGGGGUUCUGGUCAGAUAUCGGAGAAAAUGAAGGAUCUCCUUGAAGGCAAAGUUAAACUGGAGAGACCUGUGGUCCGUAUUGAUCAGACAGGUGAUAAUGUCAUUGUGGAGACUCUAAACCAUGAAAUAUAUGAGGGCAAGUAUGUGAUCAGUGCUAUCCCUCCUAUCCUGACAACGAAGAUCCAUUACAACCCAGAACUGCCACCAAAGAGAAACCAGUUAAUUCAGCGUUUGCCUAUGGGGUCUGUCAUAAAAUGCAUGGUGUACUACAAGGAAGCCUUCUGGGAGAAGAAAGGUUGCAGUGCUUCUCUCUUCAUUGAGGAUGAAGAAUGCCCAAUUGGAAUAACCAUAGAUGACACAAAACCAGAUGGAUCUUUUCCUGCCAUUAUGGGUUUCAUCCUUACCAGAAAGGCUGUUAAACUGGCCAGUCUCACUAAGGAAGAGAGGAAGAAGAAAAUCUGCGAGGCAUAUGCCAAGGCAAUGGAGAUGGAAGAGGCAUUACAUCCAGUGCAUUAUGAAGAAAAGAACUGGACCAUGGAACAAUAUUCAGGGGGUUGUUACACAGCCUACUUCCCACCUGGCAUAAUGUAUUCGUACGGAAGGAUCAUUCGCCAGCCAGUUGACAGAAUCUACUUUGCUGGCACGGAGACGGCUACCCAAUGGAGCGGGUACAUGGAGGGGGCCGUACAGGCAGGAGAGAGAGCAGCCAGAGAGAUUUUACACCGUAUGGGGAAGAUCCCUGAAAAUGAAAUUUGGAUGCCAGAGCCAGAGUCAAAGGAUGUCCCAUCCCGACCAUUUACCACCACCUUCUGGGAGAGGAACCUGCCGUCUGCGCUGGGACUGCUCUGUCUGCUUGGGAAUACUGUUUUUUUCACCUCUGUGGCUGCUGCAGGGCUGUUUGCCUAUAAAAAGGGACUAUUAAUUCGAAAUUAGUGUGGACUAAAUGUCCAGUUGAAGCUGCGUACUCACUCUUCAUCCCAUUUACCAGAUGAGGGUUAUUUUUGGAGAGAAGCGGGCUGGAAAGGGCAAAAGGUAUUCUCCUUGUGAUUUUCUUUUUAGUGUCAUAAUUAAUGCGUUAAAUCUACUGCAAUUGCUACCAGCAAAACAAACUUAAAUCAACUGUGGGGGUAUUUUUUAAAUUUGCCUUUUCCUUGUCCAUUUGUUUUGAUUGGACCCGUUAAUAUCAAUGUUAUAUUCCUAACAUAGGGAAGGCAAAAUGCAGAUUGGACCUUUUCCGAAAAGCAAAGAGGUUUUGGAUCAUGCAUUCAUUUCCACUUGCUGCUCUAUUUUUUGCCACACAAGUUAAUAAGUACUCUUAUGUAUUCACCUCAGUUAGUGUCUCAGAAUAUUUGAGGUUACUUCUGUAGCAUCCCUGCUGCACGCAAGAGAUUAGCAUGCCAAUCAGACAUAGAAUUGCUAAAUUAAUUUGCAAAGGCAUUUGAUUAAUUAUUAAUCAUCACAAUUGAAACUUAACUGUGAGCAGGAUGAAAGGAGAUAAUUAGCAUGAAGUAGAUCGCUGAAUAGUGAGAGGAGAAGCACGGGUGGACUUUGUUCCACCUGCUGCUGAACGAGUAACUAUGCUUUAUGGUCGCAGAAGGUGCGUAGGGCAGUGAGCCUCACGCUGCUGCAGUUCUUCCACAGAGCAGCUCUCAGUCGCUUCCUGGCCCAAGUGCAUUCGACCCAGGCUGGCCACUGACUGUUAAUUCACUUCUCUCUACUUUAGCAAAGUGGAAGCCCCUCUGACUUGCAGCAGAUGCUGGCUGUUAUUUUCAGACCAUCAGCAGUUUCCUGGCUCCCUGUCAAUUCGCUGUCCCUCAUUUUGCUCAUACUCCGUACUGCCUUCCUACAAUAAGGAGAAAUAUAUUUGGGGCUUGAAUUACUGCCUUGUAAAUUACAGUAAUUGGAUGCAUCUGCCUGUUCCGCUCUUAUUAUGUACAUGACACACUUAAAAUAAUCAGUUUAGUGUUAACUGAAGUCUAGAAUAUGUUUCACAACGUACCGUCAUUAUGCGGUCUUUUUGCCAUGAAAUGUGACCAUUGUAUGUGUCCAUGGACUCAAUUGUCAUUCAACAUCAGUGAAAUGUGCCUUUCAAUUGUCCUGAAACCUUGAUAAGAGGAUCUCUUCUAUAAACUUUU